AUGAGAGGAAUUUCCGCCACGGUUUCUUCUGGAAUGCAGAGAGAAGCAGCUCAACAGAUUCUGAAAAAUAUGAAAACUGUUGGAAUUUUCUCCGCACUUUUCGGCUUUGCUGCAGCUCAAGCUCCUCGGCCUACAAUGCCUGGAACUGUCGAUACAAUGAGCGAAUUCCGUGAAGAAUUCGGCACCUUUGUUCCCGAGUCCAUCAAGCUCUUCUCGCCCUUCCGAGACAACGUCAUCACGAUGGUCUCCCUUGGUCUCAAAGAAAACGGCUUCACCAGACGAGACAUUAAAAAUGCCUUGGAAGACAUCUUCACCCACGGAUGCCACUGCGGAUGGAACAAGGGCCGACAUGCUUUGGAAAAAACGAAAGUUGUCGUUGAUGACCUUGACCAGGACUGCCUAAAUUUUGACCACUGCGUCGAUUGUCUUAAAAUGGACCAGUGUAGUAUUGAAACUCUAGAAUUUUCUCCACUUGUCGAGAAAAAUAAGCCAGUUUCUUGCGAUAAUUUGGCCGGCGACUCUUGUCAGUACAAUACCUGCCUUUGCUCAAAGAAUCUUGCCGACAAGAUUUUAGAGAAAAUCGUCGGAUCAGGAGAAUACCCCUUCGUUGGCCUUUCCUUCACUGAAUUUCACGAUCAAUGCAUGAAGCGCGACCCGGUCGAUGUCAACACUCAACUCAGAAAACCAAAAGUCAAUUCGGAUGCUGAGAGACAAUGCUGCGGCGCCUACCCUAACCGAGCUCCUUUCACUUACAAACCAAACGGCCUAGCUUGUUGCGCUGGAACCACCCUUUACGAGCAAAAAGACGAAACUUGCUGCUCAAGCGGCCAGAUUUUCCCGAUCGGCGAAGUUUGCUAA